CUCUAUUGGUCAAGAUGGGUGAGUUACGGGGUUCUUCUAUCUUUGUUAUUGUUUUGUUGGGUCUGUUCUUGAACUUGGCUCUGUUGUGCAAUGGAGGAAUCACUAGUAGUUUUGUUAGGACUGCUGAGAAAUCCACUGAUAUGCCACUUGACAGUGAUGUGUUUCGCCUGCCUUCUGGUUAUAAUGCUCCCCAGCAGGUUCAUAUAACUCAAGGAGAUCAUGAAGGGAAGGGAGUGAUCGUUUCUUGGGUCACUCAGGAUGCACCAGGUUCCAAAACUGUGCAUUACUGGACUGAGAAUAGCAAACAUAAGUCCCGCGCAAAGGGCAUCUUUGUCACCUACAAGUAUUACAAUUACACUUCAGGCUACAUUCAUCACUGCCUUAUCAAGAAUUUGGAGUUUGACACUAAAUACUAUUACGAGGUAGGGAUUGGAAAGACCAAAAGGCAGUUUUGGUUUAGAACUCCUCCUCAAGUUGGUCCUGAUGUUCCUUAUACUUUUGGUCUCAUGGGGGAUCUUGGUCAGACCUAUGAUUCAAAUAAGACACUCACCCACUAUGAAAUGAACCCAACAAAAGGACAGACAGUAUUGUUUGUUGGUGAUCUCUCCUAUGCAGAUCACUAUCCCUUUCAUGACAAUGUUAGGUGGGAUACAUGGGGCAGAUUUGUUGAAAGAAGUGCUGCUUAUCAACCCUGGAUAUGGACCGCAGGGAAUCACGAGCUUGAUUUUGGUCCUGAAUUUGGUGAAAACAUGCCUUUCAAGCCAUUCACGCGGCGUUAUCCUGUGCCAUAUAGAGCAUCAAAAAGCACUGCUCCACUUUGGUACUCUAUCAAGCGGGCUUCAGCAUACAUCAUUGUUCUCUCUUCAUACUCAGCAUAUGGCAAAUACACUCCUCAAUAUAGUUGGCUAGAAGAAGAGCUACCCAAAGUGAAUAGAUCUGAGACACCAUGGUUGAUUGUCCUUUUGCACUCACCAUGGUAUAACAGCUACAACUACCAUUAUAUGGAAGGGGAGACCAUGAGAGUGAUGUUUGAGCCUUGGUUCGUACAAUACAAAGUAGAUGUCGUAUUUGCUGGUCAUGUUCAUGCCUAUGAAAGAUCUGAACGUGUAUCAAAUGUCGCAUACAGCAUAGUAAAUGGCAUGUGCACACCUGUGAAGGACCAAUCUGCACCUGUAUACAUAACCAUUGGAGAUGGAGGAAAUAUAGAAGGAUUGGCAAACAACAUGACGGAGCCGCAGCCAAAUUAUUCUGCGUAUCGUGAAGCUAGUUUUGGUCAUGCCAUUUUCGAUAUUAAGAACCGGACUCAUGCUUACUUCAAUUGGCAUCGUAAUCAAGAUGGAUAUGCUGUUGAAGCUGAUUCUUUGUGGUUUUACAACAGAUACUGGAAUCCUGUUGAAGAAUCUGUGUCACACUAAAGUAGUCUUUUUCUUUUUUUCUAGGGCAAACAUCAAAAUUUUCAAUGGUAGCUGUAAUUUUUUAUUCAUC